AUGCUACAAACAUGCAUGCCACCUGUGAUAGCAAAUGAAGGUGCUUUAGCCUUGUCGAUAUCCCCUGAAUAUACUAAGAAAACACAAUUUAUCAAGGACAAAAUAUUGUCAUCAUGUAUUAAGAAAUUAGUCAUGCAUGAUGUUGGUGUUGAUAGGAUUGGUGAGAAUAAGGAUGAUACAGCUAAUGAUAUUGAUCAGGGAUUGAAUGAAUUUGAUGAUGCAGCUAACGAUAUUGACCAUGGAUUUAAUGAAUUUGAUGAGGCAGCUAAUGACUUUGAUUUUUGGUUGUACCAACAUAUCUUACAGUAUAAUGAACAAAAUGUAGAUGAUGAGGUUCAUGAAGGUAAGGACAAUGCAAUUAAUAAGGAAGUCACUGAAGAAGAAAAUAAUGAAAGAACUGAAAUGAAUGAUAAGAAUGUAGAGAUGAGAGAUUUUGCAGUUGAUGAUGGAAGUGAAGAUAAGACAGAGACUGAUGAAGAGAAUCAUGAAAGAAGUGAUGAGAGUGAUGACAGUGAUGAUAGUGAUUUUUGGGUGGAUGAAGACAACAUAAUCCCUUAUGUAAAAGUAGAUAUGAGGGAUUUUUACAUGAAUAUAGAUCUUGAAGCAGAAUUUUCUUGA